GAUCAUUUGUUAUAAUCUAAUUAAUCUGUCUAAUGUCUAUAAUCAAAUCACUUUAAUCACGUCCUUUGGAAUCUCUCUUAUCUUUCCUUAAUUAUUCUCCAAAGUCCAAACCUUGGUCACACGCACGCGCGCAUAUACACACACAUAGGCACACUCUUUUUCUCUCUCUUACACGCUCCUUCUGUGAUUCGUCGCCGGAACACAUCUCCGACCGAUCAAUCGCCGGUAUUCCGGUGAUCCUUUCACCACUCUUAUUCCCGCCCCUACUCGACCACUUUCCAUCACUUGCAUUUCUCACCGUUUUGUCAGAUCCGUCGCCGUUUGGGUUGUGAUGCGAAAAUAUUGGGAGCACAAUAAGAAUUGUUCAUGGAUUAGGAAGAUCCUACUACCCUGUUUCCAUGCCUCCACUCACUUCACUCUCUCUCAAUCCAAUCACCAUCGCUACCACCACCAUCACCUCCUCCUGAAUUCGCUUCUCAGAAAAACACCUUAGGGUUAGGGUUUCCAUUUUUUCAUCACAAAAUGUUCAAUAGAAUCAUGAAGAGAGGGCCGAAAAAGCCCUCCAAAUCAGAUGACUUCGGUGCUCCCGACGGCAAUCCAUUGCCUAACGCCGCCGGCGUCGUCGUCAACCAUGCUUCUCGCGGCGGAGCUGCCCCUCCUGCCGGCGCUGCCGUGGCGCUGACGAUGCCUCCGCCUUCCGGCACUAUUGAACCGUUGCCCCCGUUCCGAGACGUGCCGGUCUCGGAGCGGCAGACCUUGUUCCUCCGGAAGCUCCAGAAUUGCUGCUUCUUGUUGGACUUCUCCGACACAUUGAAGAACGUUCGGGAGAAGGAGAUCAAGCGGCAAACGCUGAUGGAGCUCGUAGAUUUUAUCCAAUCGGGUUCUGGAAAGAUCACAGAGAAUUGCCAGGAGGAGAUGAUAAAGAUGAUAUCGGUUAACAUUUUCCGGUGCCUUCCACCGGCGUCGCACGAGAACACCGGGGCAGAGAACAACGACCCAGAGGAGGAGGAGCCCUCUAUGGACGCGGCCUGGCCGCACUUGCAGCUCGUCUACGAACUUCUCCUUCGGUACGUGGUUUCUUCUGAUACUGAUACCAAGGUUGCGAAACGGUACAUUGAUCAUUCAUUCGUGCUUAAGUUACUUGAUUUGUUUGGUUCCGAGGACCCUAGAGAGCGUGAGUAUUUGAAAACAAUAUUGCAUCGUAUAUAUGGGAAAUUCAUGGUUCACAGGCCCUUCAUUAGGAAGGCGAUUAACAACAUUUUUUAUCGUUUUAUAUAUGAGACUGAGAGACAUAGUGGUAUUGGGGAGCUUCUGGAGAUCCUUGGCAGCAUCAUUAAUGGGUUUGCGCUGCCCAUGAAGGAGGAACACAAGUUGUUCCUUGUUAGGGCGCUUUUGCCCCUACAUAAGCCUAAGUCUGUUGGCAUGUACCAUCAGCAGUUGUCGUACUGUAUCUUGCAGUUUGUUGAGAAGGAUUUCAAGCUCGCGGAUACGGUUAUUAGGGGCCUGUUGAAGUAUUGGCCUGUCACGAAUUGCCAGAAGGAGGUUCUCUUCCUUGGGGAAUUGGAGGAGGUGUUGGAGGCCACACAGGCUGCGGAGUUCCAACGCUGCAUGGUUCCCCUCUUUAGACAGAUUUCCCGCUGCCUCAAUAGUUCUCACUUUCAGGUUGCAGAACGAGCCCUCUUCCUCUGGAAUAAUGAGCAUAUUGUCAGCUUAAUUGCUCAAAACAGGACUGUAGUGCUACCCAUAAUAUAUGAAGCAUUGGAGAAAAAUAUCAAGUGUCAUUGGAACCAGGCAGUUCAUGGGUUGACGGUGAAUGUUCGGAAGAUGUUUGUUGAAAUGGACGCUGAAUUGGUUGAGGAGUGCCAGAGGCAGCAUGCAGAGAGAGAGGCUAAAGCCCAUGAAGUGGAGCAGCAGCGAGAAUUGAACUGGAAAAAAUUGGCAGAGGCAGCUGCCCAGAACGGACCACUGGAUAUGGUCACAGUUUAGCCAAACUUGACUGGUUUAACCGGGACUGUGAAUUGGGUAGAUGAAGGAUUAUGAAUCUGCUCCUUGCCAUUUUGGUGCCAUUAUUUAUUGGUUUCUUUCUUUCUCCCCUUAUUUUUUUUUGUUCUCCUUUUCAUUUCUCAGUUGGAUAAAUCAUCAAGUGGAAGAAGUAAGCAGUGAUUAAUGUAACUAAGAAAAAUGUAUUGGAAGAUGUUAGCAGAUUAAGAAUGUUUUAUGGAAUGCUAGUAUUUUUUUGUCCCUUACACAGAAAUAUGGAAAUUUUCUUUCCCACGUGGAAACAAAUGGUUACCUUUUCUGU